CCUAGCAGAGAAUCAGAAGCAGCCCGAGCGGAGGACAGAGCACACUGCCACUCUGUGCAUCCAGCAAAUCCUGGCCUCAAUAUUUCGGGAACAGGAGAGAUGUAAACAAUGAAUGAUUCCUACAUGAUGUUUAUACCAGAACCCAUCUGCUGCAUAUAAUCAGGGGCUGACAGUCGCCUAAAUACAGAAAUCAUGAAGAAUACAAGUUUUGUAGCAGCAAAUUAAAGAAAGUCCAGAAAUUUGGGGCCAAGGCAAGGCCAAGUACAGCGCUUUACUUAAUGGACAAUGACUUCUCUCAGAAUCUUCUGGCGUCAUCAGUGAUAGUGAAAGCUAAUGGAGUAUCUGCAUGAGUUACAGCACCCCCUACUGGACAGGUCGAUGGGGACAGGUAUGCUUACCCCUCUCCUCUCUAAAGAUGGUGGGGGUGAAGGAUUCAUCUGGAAAUGUCUCCCACACCGCGCACAGCAAGGUGGAGAACUCCCCCAGCAGUUCUUGGACCCAGGUAGCCUCCGCAGGACUGUGGAUUCUGGGGGUGGGAGGGUUGCAGACGUCUCUUUUUGGAAGACAACAGAUCCCCAGGUCUGGAAAGGAAAAGACUAUUCAGAGACUACAUUUGUAGACCCUCAGGGGAGUCCAGAUAUCUGCAAGAAGUUACUGUACACCCCAGAGAAAGACAUUCACACUGUUUCCUGUGAUGUCCGGGAUGAUGAUGUGCUGGAUAUGGAGAACGAUUCAUCCAGUGAGAGUGACACAGACAGUGAGAGUCACUUUUCUCUGCUCUUGCCCCAAGAUUACCUGGGACUGGCUGUAUUCUCCAUGCUGUGCUGUUUUUGGCCCUUGGGUAUUGCUGCAUUCUUCCUGUCACAAAAGACCAACAAGGCCUCAGCUCAAGGUGACUACCACGGAGCAAGUGUGGCUUCCAGACAAACUUUUAUGCUGGCUGUUCUGUCCAUCUUCCUUGGCAUUUGCACCUACGUAGGUGCGGUGGUGGCCCUCAUUGCAUACCUGUCAAACAGAGCACCAACCUAGGAGGCCAAGACGUUUCCUGAAGAACAUCACUGCUCUACAUAGGACUAUGGUGUACCAAGCUUCUAUAGGAACAGACAAGAGAUCCCAUCCUAGUGGGACUGGAUACCCAUUAGGACUUCACAGAUUUCUCAAUUGGACACACCUUAAUCAUUCAUGAUCCAGCAAUACCACCCUUGUGUUAUUUACAGUAUAUCUUGCACUUUCUUUUUACUCUGUCCUAUAUUGGAUCAAGUGCAGAUCAUUUCUGAUGAGCUGGAAAUUGGAAACUUACGGAGGAGCAGGACCUUAUAUAAUAUUUUGUUCUUUUGCAAUGAUUAUAAGUUGGAUGAUUAUUAAUGACAUGGCUGCCUGACCAAUUCUUUGUUAUUUCACUAAUGAGGACGUGAACAGAAAUAACGUUAUUAAAUUCAUAUCU